AUGUCAAGCGAACCGACACCUCUGCCACCAGACCGAGUUACGGAUUGUGCGCCAUUUGAAAUCAUAGGGAUUGAUUUGGCUGGACCGCUGUUUUUAAAAAAUGGAGGAAAGGUGUGGAUCGCGCUGUUCACGUGCGCUGUGUACCGUGCCAUUCACCUUGAACUCGUAAAUUCUCUUUCUACUGAUGCUUUUCUUCUGGCGCUUCGACGAUUUGUUGCUAGGCGCGGACGCUCCAGAAUAAUCUAUAGUGAUAACGGGACAAAUUGUCGGGGUGCAUCUAAUGAUUUAUCAAAACUAAAUUGGGCUACAGUAUUAAAGGAAGCGGGAACUGAAAAGAUACUCUGGAAGUUUAUUCCACCUACUGCUGCUUGGUGGGGCGGCUGGUGGGAGAGGUUGUUUCGUGCAGUAAAAGAUUUGCGGAAACGUACUUUAGGUAAAUCAGUGUUAUCAUAUGAAGAACUUUAUACUAUUAUUUGUGAUUGUGAAACUAUAAUGAAUUGUAGACCCUUAACAAAAGAAUACCUUAGUCAACUGGUUCAAAAGCAUAAUGAAAAACGAUCUCGGGAACCUGUAGUUGGAGAAAUAGUACUGAUGGGGGAUGAUAACAAAAAACGUUUAUUUUGGCCCUUAGCCCGAAUUACAGAAUUGAUCCCUGGACGUGAUGGAAAGAUUCGCACGGUUAAACUUAAGACCCGGCAUGGAACAGUUAUACGACCAAUACACCGCAUUGUUCCUCUGGAGAUACAGGCCAAUGACAGAAACAUAAUUCCUGAUAAGAAACUGGGUGUAGAGGAAUAUAAUUCUAGUGCUGGAUGUACGAUAAAAGGGGGAAUUGCACCUGAUAAAAUGGCAAUGCAACAAUAUUCCUCCUCUGGACGACUUGUAAAAACUCCAAAAAGACUUGAUCUUUUAAAUAAUGUUUGUUAUGAGCUUGAGACUCAACCUGAAUCUCAAGGGGGGGGAAAGGAUGUUGUGAAAUAA